AUGCUGGCAGCCGUGUCAAGCAUUGCGGCCGGGGCAGCCCGCCAGGCGGUAGGGGGCUCCCUGGCCUGCCUGGCCAGCACCCUGCAUCGCCGGGGCUUUGCGGCCUCGGCAACGGUGGACGGAGACACGCUGACUGUCGAGGUCAACCCCUUCAAGACCCACCGCAUCGACCCGCCCCCCACCACAGUCACCGCCACCAAGGAUGAACUACUGGCCUACUUCAAGCAGCUGUACCGCCUGCGCCGCAUGGAGAUCUCUGCAGACAUGCUGUACAAGGCCAAGGCCAUCCGCGGCUUCUGCCACCUCUACGACGGCCAGGAGGCGGUGAUUGUGGGGCUGGAGGCGGCGCUGGACCACAAUGACUCGAUCAUCACCUCGUACCGUAACCACGCCACUCACGUGGCACGUGGCGGUACCGUGUCUGAGGUCAUCGGGGAGCUGAUGGGGCGCACCACGGGCGCCUCCAAGGGCAAGGGCGGCUCCAUGCACAUGUACCGCCGUGAGGCCAACUUCUUUGGGGGGCAGGGCAUCGUGGGGGCGCAGGUACCGCUGGGCACGGGGCUGGCGCUGGCCCACCAGUACAACGGUACCGGCGGCGUGGCGGUGGCCAUGUAUGGCGAUGGCGCGGCCAACCAGGGCCAGAUCUUCGAGUCCUUCAACAUGGCCGCCCUCUGGGACCUGCCAUGCAUCUUUGUGUGCGAGAACAACCACUACGGCAUGGGCACCGCCGAGUGGCGCGCCGCCAAGUCCCCCGCCUUCUACACCCGCGGCGACUACAUGCCCGGCAUGAAGUGCGACGGCAUGGAUGUGCUGGCAGUGAAGCAGGCCUUUGCCUACGCCAAGCAGCACGCGGUGGCCAACGGUCCCAUCAUCCUGGAGAUGGACACCUACCGGUACCACGGCCACUCCAUGUCUGACCCCGGGUCCACCUACCGCACCCGCGACGAGAUCAGCAGCAUCAGGCAGCAGCGGGACCCUGUGGAGCACGUGCGGUGA